GACAGUUCGCUCAUGCACGCGCAGGGGAUGUGACGUCAGAGAGCCGCGCCUCCGCUCAGCUGCAGUCGCCGAAUACCGAUGAGAAACGGAGAAAAGUCGAGCAAACUCUCCGGGACAGACACGCGGGCGGCGGAGCGACUCAAACACACUCAGACAUGUCGGAUUUCAACGACUCUCUGAUUGACGUGUCCAGCGACAGCUUCUGGGAGGUGGGAAACUACAAGCGUUCAGUGAAGCGAGUGGACGAUGGGAACCGUCUGUGUAACGACCUGAUGAGCUGCCUGCACGAGCGCGCACGCAUCGAGAAGAGCUACAGCACACAGCUCACCGACUGGGCCAAGCGCUGGAGACAGACCAUCGAGAAAGGCCCUCAGUACGGGACGGUGGAGCGGGCGUGGUGCGCUCUGAUGACCGAGGCCGAGAAGGUGAGCGAUCUGCACAUGGAGGUGAAGGCCGCUCUGAUGGCGGAGGACUUUGAGAAGAUCAAGAACUGGCAGAAGGACGCCUACCACAAGCAGAUGAUCGGGGGCUUCAAGGAGACCAAAGAGGCGGAGGACGGCUUUCGCAAGGCUCAGAAACCCUGGGCCAAGAAGCUGAAGGAGAUGGAGACCAUGAAGAAGGCGUACCACACGGCCUGCAAAGAGGAGAAAACAGCCACCAGCAGAGAGAACUCCAGCAAACUGGACAACAGCAACCCCGAAGCCCAGAAGAAGCUGCAAGAGAAGGUGGAGAAGUGCCAGCAGGAGGUGCAGAAGACAAAGGAGCGCUACGAGAAGUCUCUGGAGGAUCUGGACAAGGUGACGCCGCAGUACAUGGAGAACAUGGAGCAGGUGUUCGAGCAGUGGCAGCAGUUCGAGGGAAAGAGAUUGAGCUUCUUCAAGGAGGUCCUGCUGGAGGUCAAGCAGCACCUCGACCUCUCCUCCAAUCACAAGUACACCACCGUCUACCACACGCUACAGGACACUAUCCAGGGAGCAGAUCCACAAGAGGACCUCAAGUGGUUCCGCUCAAACCACGGACCCGGCAUGACCAUGAACUGGCCCCAGUUUGAGGAAUGGUCCAUGGACCUGAACCGGACCCUCAGCCGCCGGGAAACGAAGCGCAGACCUGCUGAGGGAGUGACCCUGACAGCGAUCAGUCACAAUCCUGAGCAGAGCUCCAGAGUCAGCAGUGUGCCUGCGGUCAGUAGUUCAGAAGCGGCAUGCUUAAACCCGUUUGAUGAUGAUGAUGAUGAUGAAGAUGAGGAUGAAGAGCCGGUGGUCACACACACCCACAGCAGCCCGGUCAAACAUGAGGAGGCUGUAGCACAAACUAGUGCCGCAGUAGAGAAGGCUCCUGCUCCAGCUGCCAUCACUGCUGCUGAUGAUGAUGAUGAUGAAGAGUCAGGAAACCCCUUCUCCUCCUCGUCAGCCAAUGGGAAUCCGUUUGAGGAGGAGCCGUCCACGGAGAUGUGUGUGCCGGUGCGCGCUGUCUAUGACUAUGAGGGACAGGAGCAGGACGAGCUCAGCUUCAAAGCAGGAGAUGAGCUGGUGAAGCUGAGUGAGGAGGACGAGCAGGGCUGGUGUAAGGGGCGUCUGAGCAACGGCACUGUUGGUCUGUAUCCUGCCAACUAUGUGGAGGAUCUGCAGUGAGCGACCACACACACACACACACACACACUCCGGCGCGCUCGCUGUCCCCCGCGCUGGUCUGAUGCUCACCGCAGAUUUUACAGAUGAUUUUAUCAAGAUGCCAUGAUUUUACCACAGCUCUGACACUGCUGGAGCUCUACUACACUCCUGUGUGUGCGCGUGUGUGUGUGGGCGUGUGUGUGUGUGUGUGUUCUGUAGCUUUACUUCACCUCUGCACUGCUGGACUCACACACACUGUCCACUGAUGUAGAGAGCUGUGUCACCUGUGUGUGUGUAUGAGAGUAUGUGUUUGCGUGUGUAUGUAAGUGUGAGCAAGUGUGAUUGAAAGUGUGCACAUGAGUGUGUGUGUGUGUGUGUAUGCGUGAGAGUGAGCAAAUGAGUGUGUGUGUGCAUGUGUAAAUGCUGUAAUCAGCUUAAGAAUGUAAAAUUGAGCCUGCUGCAGGUGUGUGUGUGUGUGUGUGUGUGUGUGUGUGUGUGUGUAAUCAGCUUGAGAAUGUACACUGCUGCAGAUGAAUGUGUGUGUGUGAGAGAGAGAGUUGGCUGUACAUAAUGUGUUCGCUCAGCUCCUUUCUCUCUUUCUCUCAGGUGUGUGUGUGUGUGUGUGUGUGCAGACGCUGAUCUUCCUCCUCUUCUGUCUCACACACACACACAUCGUCAGCUGAAUGUCCACAUGAUGAGUUGUAGUUACAGCUGUAUUUUCUUCUGUCUGUCGUCACUCUGACAAUAAACCAGCAUCAGCUCA